CCUUUAACUCAAAAAGAGUUCUCGUUUUCCUCCGGCCCCUUUCCGCUACGAAAAGGCAGCUUAAUUGGGGCGGCCAGGUUUUAACCUCAUCGGGCAGGGACGGAAGUGGAAGAACUGCAGGGAGUUCGGAUUUGGUGCCGAAGUACCGGAGGGGAGUGUCUCAGUCCGGAAACCAAAGGCCUCGUGAUUGCAAUAAGGAAUUCGGCGCUGGUUUACUUCUGAGUUGCGGAGGGGCUGGCGGAUUCCUUUGGGUGUUUCGUUGCGGAAGAAACGGCUAGAGCGAGCCGGAGGAGCCUGGCGUUUGGCCUGUUCCGGGAGAGCGAAGGCGCCUAGGAACAGCGACGCACCCUCUGAGCCCGAGUAGCUCAAGCGGAAUUCCGCGCUCGUGUGAACGAGAGAGAAGAGAAAAGAGGGCAACGCAGACUUUCCGGCGUAUGAGAGUUGGAGCCCGGAACCGUAAGGGGCCAUGGGAAUAGUGAGCUGGGCGCGGCAUCGUGGAAAGAGCGGGGUUUGAAAGCUGCGGCUGAGGCUACUGAAAAGCGAAUGGGGGUUAAAGGCUGGAGGGAAAGGCGUGGAAUUGCUUAUACGCCUUUCUGAGGAGGGAAAAAGAAGCGCGCAAUAACGCAGAUCCAGGAGCGCUAAGAAUCGGUCGGGAGACUUGCGAGGGCCAAGUUUCUCUCUCCGCUGCAAGAAGCCGGAAUAAAAUAACCUCGGUGGGUCGGUGAAGUUUGGCCUAGUACAGCUCGUCAGACUUUUGCCCGGCCGGCCCUAUGUGAUUGGCGGCCGCUCGGGACGUCCCGAAAUGAAGGGAGCGGUGGAACUUCGGCUGGUCUCGGACUGGAGUGACUAUGCUCGAGGCCGCUGGCUGCGGGAGCUGCUGGAUCAGCGUCGUUCCGGGGAACCUCCCAGCCGCGUCCUAACCAGCCCCGACAAGCAUCAUCUGCUUCUCCUGUGGAACCAGCCGGCCUCCCAGCCUCGACUGGUGGCUUUUCAGCGCCUGGGGCUGGAUGGAGGAGACCUGGAGAAGAUCUGGAAGCCGCCUCAGCCCCCAGUGGUGGAGCUGCUUUUUCUGGAGAGCCCUACUGCCACUGUCCCCUGGGUGUUGGCUGUCAUUUGGGAGCAAGGCAGGACUGAAGUCUGGCGCUUUGUGCCCAACGCCGGAUGGCACUUGCUGCAGAGCCUGGAACUGUGCCAUGGAGCCCGUGCUCGGAUUGUCUCCAUUUGCAGCUUGGGGGACCAGCUUGUGUGGUGUGAAGAGAGGCCUCCUUUGGAUGCUCAGCCGACUCCUGAGAGAAGAGCCUUCCAGUAUUGUAUUUGUGUCCGAGGCCUUCAGGUUGGAGAGCAGGGAGUCCAGCUGAGCCCUCUCAGGGUUAUCUUGCACAAUAGCCCUGUUUACCAAGUCUUGGCCAAACCCUCUGGAGUCUUCCUUGUCCCCACCCCAGCCACCUUCCCAAGGAUAGCCAAGUUUGUCCUCAUCUGGCGACCUGAAAUGGCUGAUAUUGUUAUUGCUGCGCCGCACGGUCCCUGUGUAUCCAUAAAGGCCUCGCCUGCAGGCAGCGAUAUGGACUUCAAAAAGCUAGUGCUGAGUUACGUGGGAUUCUUGGAAUCCAUGAAAAAUUUGGCUGUUCACAGCUGUGCCCUAUCCAGUUGUGGGGAACUGCUCUUGAUCAUGCGAACAGGCACCAUCCAGGGAGUCCAACCUAAUGGCGUGUGGCGACCUGUCUUUGACUUGGCAGGAGAAAUGUUGGCUUCAGGAGAGCAGGUCCAACUAAAGGUAUUUGGGGACCUCCUGGCUUGCUUGCUGAAGGAUACUCUUUAUCUUGUGGAUUUGAACAGCAGAGAGCUGAUAGAAAACAAAGCCCUGAGCACUGAAAGAGUACACUUUUUGGACUCUCCUACCAUAGACGAAGAAAUCCAGCUCCUUGCUCAGGAUGGUAUUUACACACUUGACCUCUCAGACUCAGAUCAAGGCCGCCAGUCUGAAUCCAACCUGGUUCAGUUGGUGUUUGAAGAAGCCUGCAAAUACUAUCAAAGACGGAGUCUCAGUAGUUCCCAACUGACUGUGGAGAAACUGAAGAAGGGGGGCAUGUUUCAGGCUCCUGUUGCACUGUCUUCCAUCCUGGGCCAUAGUCUUGAUCCCAAAGGAAAAAAGCUCAGGGCCCUCCCAGAAUCUUAUACCAAGCUCUUGGGCACAAUGCAAUUAGAACUGCAGAACUAUCAAGAUCUGGAGUUCCUCAAGUUGCAUGUGGUUCAAGCUUCAGAAAGUGAGGUCAAGAGCUAUGGUGAAGCGCUGGUGGAGCAAGAACUUAGCCGCCUUCUACACUUGGACUUGAACAGAGAGAACUUGGCCUACCUGAAUGUCAUAUUCACUGCCUUCCCUGGGGCUUUCUGGAAAGCUAUCCAGAACCAUCUCCAGCUACAAGAGAAUGGGGAUGGCAUUUUGGUAGCUAGAGCCACUCCAGAUGUAUGGAAAAAAAUCCUGGGGGGAGCUGCUCCUAGCCCAACUAAGCAAGAAGAAAGCCCUCCAAAUGGGCUAUUCCCCUUCUUUGAACUUGUCUGUCUUUCACUUCUCGAGUUCAAGCCUAAAUGGUUGCCUCACUUUGUGGAGCUCUCCCAACAAUAUUUGGGUGUAUCUUGGACUUAUAAAAGCAAAGAAGGGCCUGAGGGCAGUGUGCCUCUGUAUAAGAGAGCAAUGGCUGUACUACCAAGGUGUGCUAGAUGUCCAGUAGCAGAUGGAGAAAUGGAAAUUGAGCUCUUGCUCUGUAGCCAGAGGCCCAAAGCCAUCCUCCAAGCCAUGGAACUUCUUAUCCAAUGUGGGAGAUGGCAGCAUGUGAUGGAGACAGCAGAGAAAUUCUCCUUGUUGAGCCCUUUGCUAAACAAAGAGAUUUUUAUUAAUCUCCUGGGGGAGUUUUCCCGACACCGGGCACUGGAUCCGUAUUUGGACAAGUUGUGGGAGCUCUGCCCGGCAGAUAUGAGUGCUGCUGAUGUCCUGAGCAUUAUUCAACGACACCUAGCAUCAGUAGAGCACAACCCAUUUCCUUUUGCACAAGAUGGAUCGUCCCAACUUACUAUUGCCCUGCUCAAACCACUGCUGUACAGACUGGCACAAAGUGAAACAUCCCAGAAUGAAAUUUUUGGACAUGUCUUACAGGUCUCGUCCUUUCCCCCACCAACACCACCCAGGAACCAUCAGUCUCUUCCGAAAGCAGAUUCCCAGGAAAAUCUAACCUUCUUUCAAAACCAAACAUAGUUUUUUAUUGUCUCAGGAUUAGAAAAAGCAACAUGGUAUUUAAAAAUGGUUCUGCAAAACCAGGACCUGCAGUCUUUAUAUUCCAUCUAGCUAAAGUGGGAAGUUAAAUCACAGAAUCAUGUAUUGUCAAUGACUUUGUUUGGAACAGUGUAGAGCUUCUAGGAAGGAUUGGAAACAUUUUAUAUCUUUAAACUAGGGUAAAUAAAGGCAUCUCUUCCCUAACCUUUCAGAUAUAUCGGGAUCAUAAUUCUCAAAAUGAGAAUUCUGGAUUGUAGAGUAUUUUGGCACAUCUGGAGGACAUCAGUUGGGGAUAGCUGCAUAUCAAAAUAAUUGUUUCAGUAAAAUUUGAAAUGUUACUACUGAUGUACUCCUGUCCCUUCAUGAAUGGGACUGUUUGACAUUGAUAACAUGCCAGUCUGCAUUCAUCAACUCUAUUUGUAUAUGAUUUUCACUGAGAAGUAGCAAUGUUCUUUUGUACUCAGAAGUAGUCUUCCUCCAAGGCUGUUAUGUGGAUAAGAGGUUGAUUAUUAUAGUCUAAGGCAGGGGUGCCAAACUCGGGUCAUCACAGUGGCGUCAUAGUGAGACUUUUUCCCCCUUCGGUAAAUCGGGUGUGGGCUUGGCCAGUGCCUGACACAUCCAGGCUGCCGGUUUGACAGCCCUGGUCUAAAGCAUCUGAAGAAAUCAGGUUGGAGAAGAUUUCUCUAAACACUUAUUUUGUGAGGAGAGAAAACAUUCUUGAUAUUAAGUCUAAAAGUUUCAUUUACCAGCCUUACUUCAUCCUUUUGAAACUCCCUAAAUGUAAUCAUCAGCUGCUGUUUCUCUGAAAAUAAUUACUCCUCAGGUGUAUCACAGAUUUAAGCAAUAUUUAACUUAAGCAGGGGAAGUCCCGCUGUUUUGACUGUCUUUAUCUAUGCACACCUUUGUCCCCUGUAGGGCCUUUAUUUUUUGCUUUUUAGAGAAGUGGAAAAGAUUCAUUAUAAUAAUUUAUGCUAUAUUUCUUUGUAAGAAAGUAUAAUUCUUCUAAUGCUGCAUUUCAUAUUUAAGCAAAUUCUUCUUUGCUUUAAAAUGUUUCAAUGACUUGAAACAAAGUGCUAUUAUAAUAUAACUCCUGACAAUGUUUUAUUAGUCCAUUCUUUUUUCUAUUUAAGUAAAAAUAGC